AUGGCUGUGCCGGUUCGGAUUUUAUCUCGUUGCAAAGAUGGCUUAAAGUUUGGCAAUAUAAGAUAUUCCAGCAGCACACCAUAUACUGAAACACGGAAAAACUUGAUACUAACAAGUGAGACCAAAGUUAUCAUACAGGGAUUCACUGGCAAACAGGGCACCUUCCACGGUCAGCAGGCUCUUGAUUAUGGAACAAAAAUUGUUGGUGGUGUGUCACCAAAAAAGGCUGGCACAGAACAUCUUGGUAAACCAGUAUUUGCCAGUGUGAAGGAAGCUAAGGAAAAGACAGGAUGUGAUGCUACUUUUAUUUCUGUUCCUCCACCUGCAGCACCCGCAGCCAUCUUAGAAGCUAUUGAAGCCGAAGUACCACUUAUUGUGGCAAUUACUGAAGGAGUCCCUCAGCAUGACAUGGUGCGUGUGAAACAUGCUUUACUCCGUCAGAAUAAAUCUCGUCUAGUAGGACCCAACUGUCCUGGUAUCAUUGCACCUGGAAAGUGCAAAAUUGGUAUCAUGCCGGCAGCUGUUCACAAACAAGGUUGUAUUGGUGUGGUGUCUCGUUCAGGCACCUUGACUUAUGAAGCUUGUCACCAAACUACUGAAGCUGGUUUGGGUCAAACCCUCUGCGUGGGUAUCGGUGGUGACCCGUUCAAUGGUACGGAUUUCAUCGACUGUCUCGAAGUGUUCCUGAAGGACCCAGAGACGAAAGGCAUCAUUUUGAUCGGUGAAAUUGGAGGAAAUGCUGAGGAACUUGCAUCUGAAUAUUUAACUCAGAUGAAUACUGGCCAAAAAGCGAAACCCGUGGUUUCGUUCAUCGCAGGUCUCACGGCACCGCCCGGCAGGCGGAUGGGCCACGCCGGCGCCAUCAUUUCCGGAGGAAAGGGCGGAGCAAUGGAUAAAAUUAAAGCUUUAGAAAAAGCAAACGUCAUUGUCACUCGCUCUCCCGCCAAAAUGGGCAUUGAACUCCUCAAAGAAAUGAAAAGAUUAGAAAUUGUA